GUCACAUACUCGAAUUCUAGCAGGCAAAAGGGCAGGUAGUGAGUGAAUGUAAUAACCACAACAGUUAGUAAAGUAGAACUCUUCAUACUCUCCAAGGCUAAGGAGACGAGAUUUGUUCUGGGAAUUUCACGAAGACGUGAUCCAGCACGGAAUUGCGUUUCCGUUCAGCCAUCCCUGACCUGAAAUGUUGCUUUCCACUUGUUUUUUUCACGUGGUAUUGGACGAAACCCCCCGUACCGCAAAAACAAAUGUUGAAAAUUCAACUUAGCGGUUGUAAAUUCGACAGUCUCAGAACCCAACAACAACCAGUCAAAUCCCGCCACGUGGCGGUUGUAGGAGCCGGAGCUGCGGGCCUCGUGGCGGCGAGGGAGCUGCACCGAGAGGGCCACUCGGUGGUCGUAUUCGAACGCGGGAACGAAGUCGGGGGCACGUGGGUCUACACUUCUCGGGUGGAACCCGACCCCCUAGGAAUCGACCCCACUCGACCGAUCGUUCACUCUAGCCUCUACAGUUCUCUUCGGACCAAUCUUCCGAGGGAGGUUAUGGGGUUCAUGGACUUUCCAUUCGUGACCUUAGCCGGGGAGAAUAGGGACCCUAGGAUGUUUCCGGGUCACAGGGAAGUGUUGAUGUAUUUGAAGGAUUUCGCGAGAGAGUUUGGGGUUGAGGAAAUGGUGAGAUUCGAAACGGAAGUGGUUGAAGUCGGGAUUUUGGAGGAUGAGAAAUGGAAAGUGAGGUCCAAAAAGACAAGUUUCUUUAAUAAUGAAAAUAACGAUCAUAUUGAUAUUAUUAAUAGUAAAAGUGAAGUUGAAUUUGUUGUUGAGAUCUACGAUGCUGUCGUUGUUUGUAAUGGACAUUACACUCAACCUCGUAUUGCCGAAAUCCCAGGCAUCAAUUUAUGGCCUGGAAAGCAAAUGCAUAGCCACAAUUAUCGUGUUCCCGAGCCCUUUAGGGAUCAAGUUGUAAUUGUAAUAGGGAGUUCUUCUAGCGCAGUUGACAUUUGUCGGGACAUAGCUGGAGUUGCCAAAGAAGUGCAUGUUGCAUCUAGAUCAGUUGCAGAUGAAACAUAUACAAAGCAGCCUGGAUAUGAUAAUUUGUGGCUUCACUCCAUGAUUGACAGUGCCCAUGAAGAUGGCACAGUGGUUUUCCAAAAUGGGAAAGUGGUGCUUGCUGAUGUCAUUAUCCACUGCACUGGGUUCAAGUAUCACUUCCCUUUUCUUGACACCAAUGGCAUUGUGACCGUGGACGAUAAUCGUCUUGGGCCACUGUACAAGCACGUUUUUCCCGCAGCCUUGGCUCCAUGGCUUUCAUUUAUUGGGAUACCAUGGAAGAUUCUUCCAUUCCCCUUCUUUGAGUUGCAAAGCAAAUGGGUUGCUGGUGUUUUGUCUGGUCGGAUUACCCUUCCAUCACAGAAGGAGAUGAUGGAAGAUAUUAAGGCUUUUUACUCAGCACUUGAAGCUGCAGGCAUACCAAAGCGGUAUACUCACAACAUGAGUGAAUCUGGGUUCGAGUAUUGUGAUUGGCUUGCUGCACAAUGUGGAUGCCAAGUCAUUGAAAACUGGAGAAAGCAAAUGUUCCAUGCAGCUUUUGCAAACUGGCUUGUUCGACCAGACACACACCGUGAUGAAUGGGAAGAUCAUGACCUGGUUUUGGAAGCCCAUGAGUACUCUGUUAAGUACGCCUCAAAAUCCUGAAGAUAACUGGUAUGUAGGCGAGGACAAAUCCAAAUUGUUAUAAAAUAUAGAUAAAAUUUCUUAAGUUUUCUUAUGGAAAAUAAUUCAUUUGUCCAAGAUUGAUGGUUUUGGAUGAAUAAAAGAAGUCAUCAUUAAUUUUUUUUAUUUAA